AGCUAUCAGCUGAGCGGAGUUCACGACUUCACGUAGUAGGAGGCGGUGGCAGCAGGUGACAGGGUGGUGCAUGCCACCGAGCUGAACGGUCCAGACGGGAAUGGAGAGGCAAAGCAAAUGUGUGGUUGUAACUGGGUUUGGUCCAUUUGGGGAACAUGCUGUAAAUGCAAGCUGGGUGGCUGUACAGGAACUGGAAAAGUUAGGCCUUGGUGACAGGGUUGAUCUACAUGUCUACGAAGUUCCAGUUGAAUAUCAAACUGUGCAAAGGUUAAUCCCAGAUUUAUGGAUAAAGUACAAACCUCAGCUCAUAGUACAUGUUGGAGUUUCUGGAAUGGCCACAGCUAUAACACUGGAAAAGUGUGGCCACAACAAAGGUUAUCUAGGUCUGGACAACCGCCAGUUUUGCCCAGAUACACAGUGCUGUGUGGAAGGAGGCCCCGAAUGCUUGCAGUCUUCUAUUGACAUGGAUGUUGUUUGCAAGAGAGCGUCAGCGGCUGGGCUAGAUGUUCAGUUUACAGUGUCUACAGAUGCGGGCAGGUAUCUGUGUGACUUCACUUACUAUACUUCUCUGUAUGAAAGCCACGGGAAAUCUGUGUUCAUCCAUGUGCCUCCUUUAGGGAAGCCAUACACAGCAGCACAGCUGGGAAGAGCACUGCAGACCAUCCUACAAGUGAUCCUGGACAUGGUGGAGCAAUCCGAAGACCAGAUCAACGGCGAUCACUGACAAUGAGACAGAUUAUCGGUUUAUCUCAUCAUUUCUGUAUAUGAGGAGUGUAACCCUGCCGUGUGUUUGGUUUUUUUUUCUGGCGAAGAUUAUUUUGUCCUAUCUGAAUGAUUGUGAAUUUGCGAGUGCGCAAUGUCCACUGUCCUUGCCAAAUGUGAUUAAUGUUGUCUGAAGCUCAUAUAAUGAGGAGUGAAGGGACUAUAGGAGUGGAAAUGAUAGUGUAUUUUAUUAUAUUAGGAUAAUGUGUCUAGCGGAUUUUUAAAAAUUGUUAUUCAAUAAAUUAGAAGUUUUAAUGGGAAUAAAAGAGGGAAUAGGAAGUUAGUAUCAUCAUUUCAUAUGGUUUCCAGUUAUUACCAUGGGGUUAUGCAGUAUAAUUACGUUCAGAGUCUUUAUAUUUCAGUUGAAUAACUUACAUGAAUUCAUUACCCGAAAAUAGUAUUACCUGUCCCCAUUAAAUGCAGUACAGUAUACAGGCAGCAUGUUAUAGAGCAGAUUGAUCUAAUUUAAAUUACAAGUUUUACUGAAAAUGUUCCCAUAACACUAUCAAUCUGCUCAGCUUCUCCUGCUCUAUAACAUGCUGCCUGCAAAUUGCACUGAAUUUUGGGGUGAUAGGUCCUCUUUAAAGGGGUUUCCAUGGUUAAAAAGAGCAUGGCUGCCUUAAACAAAAAAACCUGUCCACUGUUUGUCUGGUGUUGAAGUGAAUGGGGCUGACAUUAAUACACACACAGCCUGUGGAUAGCUGUGGUGCUGUUUUUGGAAGUAACCAUGUAUUCCUGAUCCUGGACAAUCCUUUUUGGAGGGAAGAAUGUAAAAUAGAUUAUAAAAGCCUACCAUGACUAUAAUUUUUUUGAAGAAUGAAUUUACCAUAUACCGGUGCUGCCUAAUUUUGUCACAGUGGCGUUUAAGAAGUCACAAACAUCAUGUUUGAGACUUUUUUACACCAGAAAAGUUGUGUGGGGGAAUGAUAAUUUCCACACACCAUGUCUUGGAAUUGUGUUAAUUUAUUUUGUUUUGUAUGUCCUAAUUCUUUCAUUGGCUAUUUCUGAUUGUGAGAUUUUUUACAGAACGUCUUAACUGUAAGAGUAGGAUAUACGAAGAACAUAUGCCAUUACUAAAUAUACCAAAUUGGACAAAAGUAUCCUUUAACCAGGGUAAAACAAUUAUAUACUUUAUUUGGUGUAGAUAGGAAAACAGUGUAUGCAAGUAUGUUGCUGUUUUUUUUUCGAUCCGAGGGCUACAGUGUCUUGUUUGUAUUCACAGAUUUUGUAUGGAUUUUAUCAUGUAGAGAAAGCUAAUACAAGGUACUUACUAAUGUAUUGUGAUUGUCCAUAUUGCCUCCUUUGCUGGCUGGAUUCAGUUUUUCAUUACAUUAUACACUGCUUGCUUCCAUGGUUAUGUCCAGCAGCGGUGGCCGUGCUUGCACACUAUAUAGGAAAAAAACAUUGGCUUCUCUGGUGGUUGGGACUGUCUGAGCAAACAGUCAUGCAUGCACAGCAGUUCCUGUUCUGGCCACCUCUUAUCUACAGUGCAGCAGUGGUCAUAACCCUUGGAAACAAGCAGUGUAUAAUGUGAUGGAAAAAUGAAUCAAGCCAGCAAAGGAGGCAAUAUGGCUAAUUACAAUACAUUAGUUAAGUGCCUUGUAUUAACUUUCUCUACAUGAUAAAUGCCAUUUGCUGAAGUGAGACAUCCCCUUUUAAGGUCUUCACAUGAAAGAUAUGUAAGGCGUGUGCUUAAAAAGUUUGAUCUUCUAGAACCGCCCUAAUCUUUAGAACAGGGUGUCUGGUCACCCAUUCCCAUUAGAUAAAUGGCUGUGUUAUAGGGUAAGGGAGAUACAGAAACAAGUCAAUGAACUUUACUGUUGCAGGAUCUCCCAUAGACUAUAAUGAAGAGUAACUGCUUACUUGUUCUUGGGGUCAAUGUUGAUCCCGGUGGCGAGACGCAAAUUGAUUUCACCAUUAGGCGUGAAAAUCUAAAACUAUGCACAGGAAGACCCACUGCAAAAUACCUAAAUACUAAGUUUGAAAAUGUUACAUUUGUAUGAUUGGCUUUUAUGAAAUGUGAUCCAUACAUUGUAGACUGUACUUUUGUACGGUUUAGAAUCACUCCUGAUUCAGCUUGAAAAGAAUAAGAAAAAACUAAAUGCAUUCCAAAGCUGCAAUGUUUGAACAAGGCCUAAAAUGAACCCAAAAUCUUGAAAGGAAUCUGUCACACUGUAUUUGCCUACCAAACUAAGCAUAGCAGUUAUUAGGGCUUGAAGACGCAAUUAAAUCAGUAUCUUU